GGAAGAUGUAACACUAUUUACUUAGACUAUUUUUGUAUUAUAAAUAUAAGGAAUGCGUAGCAUGACAUAUAUGAUAGAAAAUAAAUGAUGAAAAGCUAAAUAUACUCAUUCAACCAGAAGGAAGAAAUAUGUUUCCAAUUAAAUCAAUGAUUAAUAAAUCUGUUCUGAAAGAAUUAAUUAGUUACCAAAAGAGUCAUUCGAAAGCUUUAUCAUAUUAUUGCACUAACAAUAAAAAUGCAUUAUUCAACACAAGUGGCAAAUCAUUUAUGUAUUUGCAACAAAUGAAAGUGAGUAGUACUGUCCCGAGUAGUUCUGAUUCUGGAUUUUUGCAAACUUAUAGUGAAAUGCUGAAAAGCCUUUCAGAGAGCACACCAGUUCAGUUUAUGCAAAAGUCUUUGAUUAAUGUACAUGAUUACACUGGCUUGCCUUGGUGGGCAACGAUUAUAUGUUCUACUAUAUUACUGAGGACAACUACAACACUCCCAUUAGCAAUAUAUCAGCAAAUCAUCUUAGCAAGACUAGAACUUUUGAAAUAUGAAAUGAACGAAUUAGUAAAAGAACUCAAAAAAGAAACAACAAUAGCAACUAAAAUGUAUGAUUUGGAUGAAAGAACUGCCAGGAAUAUUUAUAAUUAUUCGUUAAAGUCCAAUUGGAAAAAACUAAUUAUUAGAGACAAUUGCCAUCCUUUUAAAACGAGUAUUUUGCUAUGGGUUCAAAUACCUUUAUGGAUAUCUGUAUCUAUGUGUUUAAGAAAUAUGAUAUACAUGCAGCCAAUAAAAGACAGUUCUGCUGAAAUAAUUCAUGAUCAAUUGAGUGUACAAGGCAUUUGGUGGAUUCAAAAUCUGACUGAAAUAGACAGCACCUACAUAAUUCCUAUAACUUUUGGCCUGAUUAAUUUGUCUUUAAUCGAGCUGUCGAUUAUGUCAAAAGUGACUGUACCUACAAAGUUACAAAAAAUAAUCACAAAUAUAUUCAGAGGAUUUUCCAUUAUAAUGAUUCCUUUGAGUGCUUCAGUGCCUUCUGCUUUGGUCCUUUAUUGGACAACUUCAAGUAUGUUUGGAUUGAUACAAAACUUAACCUUGAUGUCACCCAAAGUGAAAAGAUUCUGUAAAAUACCUCUCACACCUAGUGAAUUAGAAAAACCUUAUGAGCAGUUAAGAGCUGCUAUGAAGAGUAGAAUUUUCAAAAAAAAUAAAGAGAAAUGUUAACACUU